AUGUCUGCCACCGUCGUGCUUGAACUAACCCACAAUCAACGCCAUAAUCAUCAACAUACUAAUGGUGCUUCGACUCAGGCUCAAAUAGUUGGCGAUGUCUCGCUUUUACCGAACCAGCACGAAGCAAUAACCACAGCAACUACUCAAUCCGAACGCCUGCAUACUGUUCGGUCCAGAACAUCAAACACGAUCGAUAGUUCUAGCGAUGAGAUACAUGACCAAUCAUCUCGGCUACCACUUCGGCGCCUCAUUCCGGCAUAUCUAUGUCUCUCAAUUAUCUACUUUACCUCUUCGCUGGACAUCAAUUCGGUUGCUCUGGCUCUUCCAAAUAUCGCCAAUGACCUCGGCGCUGGUAGCAGCAUUACCUGGGCCGGAACGGCGUAUUUGAUGGGCCAGGCUGCUUUUCAGCCUCUGUACGGUCGAUUAUCCGAUAUUUUCGGCCGCAAACCGCUCUUGAUGCUCUCCGUCGGGUUCCUCGUAUUUGGCGACAUUCUGUGUGCCAACGCACACAACCCUGCUUGGCUCUACGCGUGUCGUGCCAUAAGCGGCAUUGGCGGUGGUGGCAUCAGUUCCAUCAUUGCAAUCAUCGUCAGCGAUCUCGUGAGUCUUAAAGACAGAGGCAAAUACCAGGGAAUGCUUAAUGCUUCUAUUGGUGCUGGAUCAGCGGUAGGACCAUUCAUGGCGGCAAGUUUGAUACAGAAGACAAAGAUUGCAGGGGCUGCGAGUUGGAGAUGGAUCUUCUACAUCCCCCCAAUCCUAGCAUGCGUUUCUGCAGUGGCUGCCAUGGCUUUUCUACCACUAACGUCUGUCACGGGAAGCUGGAGGGCCAAGGCAAGACAAAUCGAUUGGAUGGGUCUCGCAGCAUCCCUGGUAGCGCUUCUUUGCAUUCUGAUACCUCUCAACCUGGGCGGAACCUCCUGGCCAUGGCGCAGUCCCGAAGUAAUCUCCCUUAUGAUCGUUGGCGGCUUUGCAGUGGCUGCGUUUACCAUCAUCGAGAAAAGAUAUGCGCGCAUUCCUCUCAUACCUCUUCGGCUCUUCACCAACAGGGCCACCGCCAUUCUUCUCGUCCAGAGCGCUUUCUAUAAUAUUGUGUGGCAAGUAGACAUGUAUUUUUUACCGGCAUAUUUUCAAGAUGUUCGAGGAUAUAGUCCUCUGCAGGCUUCUGCGCUGAUGUUGCCUAUACUUUUGUUUUCAAGCGUCUCUGGUGUUUUUUAUGACUACGUCUACCACCCUGGCAUAGCCUUGUGGCUGUUGGGUGCUGGCCUGAAAAUGUUGUUUCGCCAAAACACCAGCGUUGGGGUCUACUUGGGUGCCUUACUAGUUGAAGGCUGGGGUAUUGGAUGUGUAUUUCAGCCAGGUCUCGUUGCCCUCCAAGCACAUUGCCCACCUAAGGAUCGAGCGGUUGCGACCUCGACACGGAAUCUCUUCCGAAUGCUUGGAUCCGUUAUUGGUAUGACAAUCGCAACUGCUUUGCAGACUGCGAUCACCCAAUCGGCUCUACCUGACAAUGUCCCAAAUACAGUUCUCUCGCAAGUGGCGAAAGGAGUAUCGCGAUCCGCUUGGGACCAAGACAUAUUGGAUGCCAAGUUUAAGGGGUUCCAAGCCGUUUUUGCAUUGGAAGUUCCAUUCAUGGCCCUAUGCCUACUCGGUUGUUUCGGUAUACCAAGUGCACCAUUGGUGGGAGAUCACGAUAACGAACAAAGUAGCACUAGAUGA